AUGUUUUCUAUUGAAUUAGAGAAUACCUCAGGUUGUAAGAAAAACAAAUUUUGUAAAAAACUUUCUGAAAAUGAAAAUCUUAACAAAGAAGAAUUAUUUAAAGAUAAAGUUGCCACUAUUGAUAAUAAUGAAUUAAACAAUAAUAUAUCUAUGAUACCUAUGAACACAACAUUACGUGAAUUUAAAGGAAAUUUUAAAAAAAUAGAAGGUAAUAUUGAAAUAAUAGAUGGAGUUUUAUUUAAAAAAAUAUUUCUUGAAAAAAAAUUUUAUAAUAGUUAUGAGUACAAGAAUAAUUUAAAUAAUAUAAACAAUAUCGGAAAUAUAAUAAACGAUAUAAAUUUAACAAAUAGAAUUUGUGAUAUUGAUAAACAAAAUAUAAACAAUAGUUACGUAAAAGAUAACCAUACUUAUGUUUAUAAAAACUAUGAUUUUCAUAAAAAUACACUAAUCAAAGGUAAUAAUAAUAAAAAUAAAGAAAAAUAUAUAUCUAUAAAUAGUACAAUUAACUCCAAUGAAUAUUUAAGUAAUUAUUUAGAUAACAAAUCAAUACAUAAUUAUAAAGAUAAUAUAAAAAAUAUAUCACAUUAUUCUAUGAGAAACGAGAUAAAUAAAGAUAAAAAUUUAAUUAAAAAUAAAUUAUAUGAUCUUAAGAGUAACAUUUUUAUGAAUAUAAAACAGCCAAAUAUUUUGAAAAAAAAAAUUGAUGAAACAUAUAGCAAUAACAAUAAAUAUAAAAAUGAUUUAAUUUACACGAAUAGUAAUUUUAAUAAUUUAUUUAAUUUUUAUAAUAGUAAUUAUAAAAAUAAUUUAAAUAUAUAUAUAAGUGACAAAAAGGGGGAAAAGGAUGAAAAUUUUUAUUAUAAAAAUGGUAGUCAUAACAAUAAUAUUUUGAAUAAAAAUAUUCAAGUAGAUAUUGAUAAUUUAAAAAAUGAAAAUAAGAUAAUUUAUAAUUAUUUCAAUAAAAAAGAUGAACUAAAUUUUGAUUUUCAAGAAAAAAAUAAAAUGACUGUUUCUGAUUCAAAUAAUGAAAACGGGUUACCUGUUGAAGAAAACAAAGACAGUAUCAUAAAUUAUUUAAAUUUGGAAGAAAAGAAUAAUUUUAAAAAAAUGAAUUCAAAUUCUCAAAUGAUAAUAGAUAAGAAGAUAAAAAAUAUAAAUGAUGAAAUCAAUGUAAACUUAUUUUUAAGUAAAAAAAAUAAGGAAAAUAAAGAAGAUCAAAUGUCAUACAUAAACGAUAAUUUUAUCAUUAAAAAAGUAAACUCAGAAAAUUCAUAUAAUAUAAAUUGUGAAGAAAAAAAAAAUAAAAUUUCAAGUGAUCAUAAUAAUAUUCUCCUUUUUUUAAUGAAUCAACAAGACAGAUAUUUUAAUAAUAGUUUAUAUAAUAACGCCAAUGUGAGAAAUAAUAAAACAGAAUUACAUUCCAGUAUAAAUGCUGUAAAUUUAUCCAAAAGUGAAUUCAUGCCAUAUAAAAAAAAAAAAUGUAAUAUUUUUAAAAAAAAAAAAAAUAAUUAUAGAAAUAACAAAAUGCUUUAUAUAGAUAACGAAGGAAAAAAAAAGUCAUUUAAAGAAAAUAUUUUAUAUUUAAAAAAUAAAUUAUUUUCAUUUGAUAAGUAUAAUGAAAAUUAUGAACAAAGAGAAAGGAGAAAUAAUAUGAAAAAUAAAGAAAGCGCUGUUUCUAAUAAUAAUGAGAAUUCUAUUGUUAGCACAAUAAAAAAAAAGAAUUCCAUUCAUCCAAUAAAUAAUACAUAUGGAAUAGUAAAAAAUGAUGUGCUCUUAAGAGAUUUAAAGAAUAAAAAUUACUCAUCUAAUAAAAAUUUAAAAAAAAAUAGUUUUAUUGUGAAUGAAAAUUGCGAAAAAGAAAAUGAAAGAAUAGUAUGUAAAAAUAUUUUUUGUGAAAUUAAUGAUAAUUCAAAUUUAUUGCAUAUUGAAAAAAAAGAAAAAAGUAAUUUAUCUUUAUCAAAUGAUAUAAUAUAUAGUCCACUUAAAUCGUACCAUAGUGAAAAAAAAAGGUUUUCUAAAAAUCAGACAAAAAGCUUGGAGAGUAUAUUUCAUGUGAAAAAUAAUUCUUAUGAUAAUAAACAUAAUAAAGAAGAUUUUUCGCAUGAUAAUGUAAGUAAUAUUAAAACAAAUAUUUAUUUAACUAAUAGGGAUCAAUAUAAAGCACAUAAAAAUAAAUUACUAAAUUAUAAGUUAUAUAGUCAAGAAGUAUUUAAAUGCAUAGAAAGCGAAGAGAAAACUGAAAAGAAAGAAAAUACUAAAAAUGAAGAAAUAAUUGAAAAAGAAGAAAAAACUGAAAAAGAAGAAAAAAAUGAGAAAGAAGAAAAAACUAAAAAGGAAGAAAAAACUGAAAAAGAAGAAAAAAAUGAGAAAGAAGAAAAAACUGAAAAAGAAAAUGUAAAAACUAACUACAUAACAAGUUCCAGUGAAUCAUACAAGAAAAAUAAUGAUCAAAUUUGUACUAAUAAUUAUAAUGAUAAAAAAAUAAAAAAUACAAUAAAACAAAAUGAUUUUAAUAAAAAUGAAACAGUGAAAAAUAAUUUAUUAAAUAACAUUAAUAAUGAUGAUAUGCUUGAUCUAGUUAAAAUAUCAACGGAUCAAUUUGCCAAAAGGAAAAUGAAUAAUGAAAGUAAAAUUUAUAGUGAAAUAUAUAACAAUAAAAAUACAAUUACUUAUAAUGAAAAUUAUAUAUGUAACAGAUUUAACAAAACAUGUGUUGAAAACAAAAUAAACAGUAGUACAUUUAAUUUAGAUAAUAAUAUUAGUAAUAUAAAAAAUAACAAAGGUAUUAUAAAAAAAAAUAUAAGAAACACCUAUUGUUAUUUAAAAGAUCAGAAUUUUUAUACAGUUAAUAAAUCAUUUUUUUUUAGAAAAAGCACUGUUGAUAGCGAUUUAAAUAAAACACCUAACGUGUGCUAUUAUAAAUCAUUUAAAAAAAAUAAUGAAAAUAGUGAUAAAAAAAGCAUAAAUGAUUUCUAUAUAUUUGAAAAUAAUAAAAAAAAAUAUUUAUAUUUUCUCAUUAAAAAAAAGGAUGGAAAGAAAAGUUUUAAUGUAAAUCACAAUUCUCAAAAAUUAUUAAAUAGAAUCAAUAUAAAUAACACAUGUAAGUUUAAUAAAAAUUACAUAAAAUCUUGUGAAUUUAAUAAAAAAAAACUAUUGAAGACAUUGCAAUAUAAUACUCACAAAGAUUCACAUAUUUUCUUACAAGCAAAAUCAGAAAAAAAUUUAACUAAUUGUUUUUAUACAACUGAUAAAAAUAAUUACACUACCAAUAAUUUAAAUGGAAGCACAAAGAAGAAAUUACUAAAUGAUAACUUAGUUGAUCAUUAUUGUGUAAAUCAUAAAAAUGAAAUUAUAUUCAAACAAAAUAUAAAACUUCAUAAUGAUAUGAAUGAUAAUGAGAAUAUAGAGCAUACUUGCAGGAAAAACAGUCUAACUAGUUUAUAUGAUAACAAGGAAUAUUGUUGUGCUAUUUUAGUAAAUAAAAGGGAUCCUCUUUGUUUGAACAAUGAUGCUGAUUUAAAUAAUAAUUAUAUGUAUGAAAAUUAUGAAAAAGAAAAAUAUAGCAAAUUAAGUAGUAUUUAUAUAUCAGAAAAUAAUCAAAAGGAUUAUCAGUAUAAAUCAGUAAAUUUUAGUGAAAAUUCAGUUGAUGAACAUAUUGGCCUUUUUUAUAGUUAUAAAAAUAAUUUAUUAGAAAAAAAAGGUACAUAUUUAGAUGAGUUAAAUUUUAAAUUAGAUCAUAAACAUAAUAUAAACAAUUUUAAAAAAUAUAAUUUUGUGAAUAAUGAGAAUGAUUUAUUUAAUACAAAAAGAUUGAGAUCUUACAUUUUUAAGGGUAAGAACAUCUUCAAUAAUAAAUUUUUUAAAGUAAGUAAUGAAAGUAACAGAUUUUCCUUUUUUAAAUAUUUUGAUAUUUUUACUGACAAUAACAAAAUAAAUAAAAAAGAUGUAAUGAAUGAAGAUAAAAAUGAAAAAACAAAUGUAGAUGAAAAUACUUCGAAUAAUUGUGAAGAUCUUGAUAAAUUAAUUCGUAAUAACAAAACAAAAUACUUAGAAAAAAAUAAAUGGGAAAGUAGUAUGCUAGAGGAUGAUAAUGAUAUCAUAGAUAAUAAUAACAAUUAUAAGAGUAAUAAUAACUAUAACAGUAAUGAUGAUUUUAAUAAAAAGGAUAAUAUUACUAAUGAUAGAAAAAAUAUAAUUGAUACCAACAAUAAUACUGGUAAUAAUAUUAUUUGUAACAUUAUUAUUGAUAAUAAUGAUAAUAAAAAAGUUAAAAGCAAUAUAAAUGACAAUAGAAUAAUCAAAAAAGAAAAAAGCAGCAUUUUUAACAUUAAAACGGAUAGCAAUGGUAACAUUAAUGAUAUACAAAUAAGUAAAAUGAACAAUUUAUAUGAUAACAUAAAUAAAAAUGGUAAUAUUUUUAAUGAUAUAUCAGAAGAAAAUAACGAAAUCAUAAAACAUAUUGAGGAAAAAGUUGAAAAAAAUGAUAAGUCUCUGCAAAAUUUUAGAAAAGAAGGAAACACUAAAAUUGAUAAUAUUUUAGAUAAUACGAUAGAAAAUAAUAUUUUAUAUAAGGAAAAUGAUAUUAAUCAUAAUCCUUUAGAAAAAAAAAAUGAAAAAAGCGAUAUAAAUGAAAUGAAUUUAAUGAAUAAAGAAAAAGAAAAUAGACAGAGAAAAAAUGAUUUUUUAGAAAAUAAGAAUUUCUUAUUAGAAGAUUUUGAAAAGAUUGCUGAAAAAAUAAAUUUAGUAUUAGAUGAGACUGUAGAUUUUUUUAAAGAAAAUUUAUAUGUGCAUAAUGGUUAUGGUAAAGUUAAAAUAUGUGUAAAUAACAAAAGAAGAUUAGAGAAAAAAAAGUUAAAAAAAUGGUCAUGUGUUUAUAAAAUUAAUAAAAUUAUAUGUAAAGGGGCACAUGGAGUUGUUUUCUCUGCUUGGAAAAGUGAAAAUAUAAAUUAUUUUAAUCGGGAUUUUUUUGAAAAAAAUAAUUCACCAGCAAAAAAAAAAAAUAAUAGUUUCGAAAAGAAAGAUAUAAAAAUAGGAGAAUAUUAUGAAGAAAAAAAUGAUAAGAGAGAGGGUGAAGCUGGAGAUGAGGAGAAUGAUGAUGAUGAAACUGGAGAUGAGGAGAAUGAAGAAGAUGAAACUGGAGAUGAGGAUAAUGAAGAAGAUGAAACUGAAAAUGAGGACAAUAAAGAAGAUGAAACUGAAAAUGAGGAUAAUGAAGAAGAUGAAACGGAAAAUGAAAAGGGAGAAAAAGAGGAGAACAACGAAGAAGAAAAUGAAAGUGAAGAUGAAAAGGAAGAAUUAGAAAAUAGAGUUAAUAAUAUAUAUAAUGAUGAAAAAGAAAAAAAAGAAGUAACAUUAGUGAAAGAAGAAGAAAAAAAAAACAUAAAAAAAGAAGUAAUAGAAAAAAAAUGUGUAGAGAAAAAAAAUAAUAUAAGAAAGAGUGAAAAUAUUGAAGAAACAGAAGGUGAUAAUGAUGAAGAUGAUUAUGAUGAAGAAAAUUUAGUAUCCCUUAAAAUUAUAAAUUUAAGUUAUUUAAGUAAAAAAAAUAAUUUAAAAAAAAUUUUAAGAGAAGUUUAUUUUUUAAAAAUAUGCAAUCAUCCAAAUAUUGUCAAAUAUUAUGAAUCUUUUUUUUGGCCUCCUUCAUAUUUAAUUAUUGUAUGUGAGUUUUUAUCUGGUGGAACAUUGCAUGAUUUAUAUAAAAAAUAUGGAAAAAUAUCAGAAGAUAUUUUAGUAUAUAUAAUAGAAGAUAUUUUAAAGGCUUUGAAUUAUUUACAUAAUGAAUGUUUGUUUUCUCUCAUACAUAGAGAUAUUAAGCCUACUAAUAUUGUACUUUCAAAAAACGGCACAGCAAAGUUAAUUGAUUUUGGGUCAUGUGAAAGAUUUACAGGUAAAAAAUCAAAAGAAAUUAUUGGUACUAUUUAUUAUAUACCUCCAGAAAUUCUUAUGAAAGAUAAUUAUGAUUGCUCAGUUGAUAUUUGGUCAUUAGGAAUAACCAUUUAUGAAGUUGUUAAGUGCUCUUUACCUUGGAAGAGAAAUAAAAAUUUAAAUGAAAAUAUAAAAAAUAUAAUAAAUUCUUCACCAAAGAUUAACAUUGGUGAUGGAUUUAGUAAACAUUUAUGCUAUUUUGUUGAAAAGUGCUUACAAAAAAAGCCCGAAAAUAGAGGAAAUGUAACUAACUUAUUAAAUCAUAAAUUCUUAACUAAAAAAAGACCUAUAAAAAAAAAACCAAAUUCUAUUUAUGAAAUAAGAGAUAUCCUUAAAAUAAAUAAUGGAAAAAAGAAAAAUAAUAUUUUUAGAAAUUUUUUAAAAAAUUUUUUUUUUUUUAAUGAGAAAAAUAAAAAAAAUAAGAAUAAAGUUUCAAGCUCUAGAUCAUGUGAACCUGAAAUGUUUUUUCAAAAACUAGGAAAAGAAAAUUUAUAUUUUCUUGAAAUUAAAUUAAAAAAUGAAAAUGUUAGGUCAUUGAAUGAUUUAAAUUUUGAUUCAUCACAUGAAAAGGAAGAAAACAAACAUUCUUCAAAUAAUAUAGAAAAUAAAAAGGAAAAUUAUCAAAAUGUUAAGUUGCUAGAAAACAAUAAUAUUACAAAAUAUGAAAAGUAA